AUGAAGAAUUCAGCCACCCUUCUAUACCCAAACGACAUCGUCGGCCAGCGAGUGUCGUCAUACUCCGAGUCCCACUCUACCCCCUUGCCGGCUCACAUAACCGCUUACCAUGACUUGGUCGGCAGGACCCGCCAGGACUCGUUCUUCAUGAUCUCGGAUCUCCAGGCUCAGUUCCAGCUGUCCCUGGCGCGAAUCCAGGGCGCCCGGCGCAUCCUCGAGAUAGGCGUCUACGUCGGCUACUCCUCUCUCGUAUGGUCUCACGCCGUCGGUCCCCAGGGCUCCGUCACCGGCCUCGAGUUCGAGCAGAAGUAUGCCGACCUGGCCAACAAGGCCUUUGCCGAUAACGGUGUCAAGAAUGUCGACAUCAAGGUUGGAGAUGCUCUCAAGACCCUCCCCGACUUGAACCCCUCGGAACCAUAUGACAUCAUAUUCAUCGACGCCCAAAAGUCCGGAUACCCAGAAUACCUCGAGACAAUCUUGUCUCAGUCCAGGCCCGGCUCGUCGUCCGGUCGCAUCCUACGCCCCGGAGGCCUCAUCAUCGCAGACAACGUCCUCCGCAGGAGCCUCGUCGCCGACGACAGCGACGAAAACCCCCACGCUAAGGACUCCAAGGCCAGGGCCGAGAAGGAAGGUCGGGUCGAGGCCGCCCAGCUCGACCUCGUCAAGAUUCGCGAGUACAAUGACCUCGUUGUCAAGUCAGAUAGGCUCGAGGCCUUCCUCCUGCCGCUGUUUGACGGCGUGAGCAUUGCUAGGUUGUUGGAUUGA